AUGGUGGUGAGAGCGGCGGUGGACGCGCCCAUCGUGAAGAUUGGUACGCGAGGAUCGCCGCUGGCGCUCGCGCAGGCGUACAUGACGCGCGAUUUGUUGAAGGAGAACUUCCCGGAACUCGCCGAGGACGGCGCGUUGGAGAUUUGCAUCAUUAAGACGACCGGGGAUAAGGUUUUGGACCAGCCGUUGGCGGAUAUCGGGGGUAAGGGUUUGUUCACUCGCGAGCUCGACGACGCCUUGCUCGACGGGCGCAUCGACAUCGCCGUGCACUCGAUGAAGGAUGUGCCGACGUACUUGCCGGAAGGGAUGGUGUUGCCGUGCAUGUUGCCGCGUGAAGAUGUCAGAGAUGCGUUCUUGUGCUUGAAGUAUGACUCCUUGUCGCAAUUGCCGGAAGGGGCGGUCGUCGGCACGGCGUCUCUUCGCCGCCAGUCGCAGCUCUUGUACAAGUUUCCAACGCUCAAGUGCGUGAACUUUAGAGGUAACGUGCAGUCGCGCAUUCGCAAGCUCAAGGAGGAAGUUGUUGACUGCACCUUGCUCGCUAUCGCGGGUUUGAAGCGCAUGGACCUGGCCCAACACGCCAAGGUCAUCAUCCCCACCGAAGAAAUGUUGCCCGCCGUCGCGCAAGGCGCCAUCGGUAUCACCUGCCGCGCGGGCGACGACAAGCAGCUCGCGUUCUUGGCCAAGCUUAACCACGAAGACACGCGCAUGGCUGUUGAAGGCGAGCGCUCUUUCUUGGCCGCUCUCGAUGGCUCUUGCCGCACCCCGAUCGCCGCUCACUGCCACCUCGUCGACGGUAAGAUGCAGUUCCGCGGUUUGAUCGCCUCCCUCGACGGCAAGCAAGUUCUCGAGACCACCCGCGAAGGUGCCUGGGACGCCGCGUCGUUGUUGGACGCCGGUAAGGACGCCGGCGCCGAGCUCAAGGGUAAGGCCCCGGCUGAUUUCUUCGCCAACUUGAUCGAAAACGGCGGUGGCUGGUAAUCGCUCCGUCCAUUUCUCGCCCGACGUUCGCUCCGAGCGCUCGCCGUCGCGAGAAAUUUAUUCGCUCUAUCCACCACAUCACUAUCCUUUCGCGUGAGUUUAGUUAUGAUCGAAUCUUUGUCAAUUUCUUAUAUUCGCCAUAUUACGC